GCACUCGACCAAACAUAGUGGAGGCGCGAGUAAAAGACGCGUUCAAAUGUUUUUUCAAAAAGCCGUUUUAGCGGACAGCUUUCGACAGACUUUACCAUUAAAUAUGACUUAAGUCAGUGUAUUAAAGCCAUGACACAGUCAGUUGUUGUCCAAGUUGGACAGUGUGGCAACCAGGUUGGCUGCAGGUUUUGGGAUCUUGCUUUGCGAGAACAUGCCCAUGUCAAUAAAAAAGGACUGUAUGACGAGGCUCUCAGUAGCUUUUUCAGAAAUGUGGACUCAAGGAAAAGUGGUGGGGGGGCCUGUGGUGUUGGUGGGAGAAUCCAACAUCUGAAGGCCAGGGCGGUGCUGGUGGACAUGGAGGAGGGCGUAGUCAAUGAGAUCCUACAGGGCCCUUUGAGAGAAGUGUUCGACAGCACUCAGCUCCUUACGGACGUGUCAGGUUCAGGCAACAACUGGGCGGUCGGACACAUGACGUACGGUUCAGCCUACAGGGAGCAGAUAGUCGAUAAACUGAGGAAGGCAGCAGAGCACUGUGACUGUCUGCAGUGCUUCUUUCUCAUUCAUUCUAUGGGAGGAGGUACGGGCUCUGGCCUGGGGACCAGAGUGCUGAGCCUGCUGGAGGAAGAGUUCCCUGAGGUGUGUCGAAUCGUCACCGCCAUAUAUCCAUCUGCGGAGGAUGAUGUCGUCACGUCUCCCUACAACAGUGUGCUGGCAAUGAGGGAGCUCACAGAGCACGCUGACUGUGUCCUGCCUGUUGAAAACCAGUCACUGGGCGACAUUGUGAACAAGAUUAAAUGUAUGUCUCACGGUGGAAAGCCAGGGUCGGUGAUCAAGAGAGACAGCACCAUCAUUUCUGGGCAGGGUGGGCUCAGCAGGGCAGAGAAGCCCUUUGAUGCCAUGAAUAACAUUGUGGCUAACCUGCUGCUCAAUAUUACCAGCUCAGCACGGUUUGAAGGAUCUCUCAACAUGGAUCUGAAUGAGAUUGCCAUGAACCUGGUGCCCUACCCUCGUUUACAUUAUCUGGUGCCCAGCCUCACUCCUCUCUACACACUGGCAGAUAUCAGCGUCCCCACCAGAAGACUGGAUCAGAUGUUCACCGAUGCCUUCAGUAAAGACCACCAGCUAAUCCAAGCCGACCCGAAACACAGCCUAUACCUGGCCUGCGCCCUCAUGGUCAGAGGCAACGUGCAGGUGUCUGACCUCCGCAGGAACAUCGAGAGACUGAGGCCCUCACUGCCUUUUGUCUCGUGGAACCAGGAAGGCUGGAAGACGGGCCUGUGUUCAGUGCCUCCUGUAGGUCACUCCCACUCCCUGUUAGCCCUGGCCAACAACACCUGCGUGAAGCCCACAUUCAUGGAGCUGAGAGACCGCUUUACCAAGCUUUACAGGAAAAAGGCCCACUUACACCACUACCUGCAUGUGGAAGGGAUGGAGCAGAGCUUCUUCUCAGACGCCGUCAGCUCUCUCAGCUCACUGAUUGAAGAGUACCACCAUCUGGAUUUCACCAAGGGGAGACUCAUGCCUGACGCCCCCAGACUCAGCAUGGCCAGAUGAGGUUCUGCUCUGUUGUGCGGCUGCUUCGCAUGUAUAGCAGUCUUUUUCAAAAAAAAAAAAUGAUUUCACACAACCAAGUCUUUUGUAUAUACGUUUAUAAGUUAUAUAUCAAUAUUGUCUAAUUUAUAACCUGAUUAAAUGUUUUCCCUGUGUGGAGAAAUAAGCAGGAACAACAUGUAAUGACAGUGGAACAGUUCAGCUCAAGCCAUAGUGUGAGCUAAUUUGCCUUUUCUGAGAUCCCUGACCAUUGAUAUUAAUAGGUGCUGUGAAUGAGUCAACCUCUGCUUUUAAUGCGCUGCACUGGCCAUGUUCCUUGUUGUUAUUGCACAUACAUUUCCUGAGGACAGAGGUUCACAAAGGCCUUUAUUGUAACUAAUAAUUUCAUCAUUAUCUGAAUGAUGCCAGCCAUUUCCCUGAUGAAAUGAGGUUUUUUUGUUUGUUUGUUUUAGUUUCAGCUAAAGUCUUCUCUGAGAUUCCUUGAGGCACAUCACCACUGCUGACGGCAACUUAAUAGCCAAAGUAUGCGUAUGUUUCCUUCCGUAGUCUGCCACAGCAGGGCUUGUCUCCUGUGACCGUGUCUCUGGAUGGAUCUGUUAGAGCAGCCGCAGGUCAGAAAACAUGUCACCUGGAUCAUUGCACUUCCUCUGGCACACACAGGAUGUUAUCCACUGCAUCUUCCACUGUGUGUUGGAGCCUCCCUGGCAUGUGAAGUUGACCUUGAUCAUGCGUGACUUGUUGGGGACACAGCAGCGCUUGUCUGUACAGACACCGCAGUACAUGGGCUUGAACUUCUUGGUGCUGGUACACCCCGAGAGCGACAGCUUCUCUGCUUUCUUUGCUUGGAAUUUAGGCCGGCAGGUUUUUCCCUUUGGCACCUGUGAGAGGGAAUAGUGAUUUUUAAGAGUGUAUUUUUGGAUUAUACCAAACUAUGUCAACACACGAAUAGAAUUUCACUAAGUUGUUACCUUAACACUCUUCAUCACACUCCUCUCACACGGUCGAAGCAGACAGAGGCGUCGGUCCUUCCUCAUUUCACAUUUGCUGUUGUCGUUGUUGACUCGCACAGAGAUGCCCAGGCCACAGGUUUUGGAGCAGGGGCUCCAUGGGGUGCUCUGGAUCAGACAGUUCUUCUUCCAGGCUAAAGGAGGAUCCCUGUAAGCUUUCAGUAUUACAGUUAAAGGGCACUGUGUCAACAACACCCUGCACAAAGAACUAGUCUGUGUGCCUCUGUACUGGCAAGCAGAGCUCAGAUCAGAAGCAACCAAAAGACUUCAAAUACCUGGAACCAGAUGCACAAAACUUUGUGCAAGCACAAAGACAGAAUUGUGCAUACCCAUUCUUUCCGUCAGAUUUUCGUAAAACCUGACUCCGUUUUAUGAAUCUCAGUCAUUGCAGAAACAGACACACAUGCACAAGCUUCAUUUCCACUUCCACAUAAAUGGAUGCAAUAGCACCCUGUUUGCAUAUCAACACUAGUGCCCGCUUCACCUCUCAUUAGACCUGGGAAGAAUGGCAAAGAAGAAACGCAGUGCAGUUUAUUCUGCUGUGUUUCAUCAGUGAGGAACAGCAUCAGAACAGCUGCUGUUACGCGCAACCCUUACCCACAGCUGUGGCUGUUUAUAGUGCCAGUACCACUGAUUCAUCACACAUGCCUGUGAACCGUCAUCAUAGUCAUCAUUAUUAGAUGGCAGAAGGAUGAACAAUGAUUAAUCGACAGAGCUUCUGACACAGACUUAACAAGGUGCUCCACAAUUUGGGUUCAUAUGAAAAGAUCAUUAGCAAGGAGGUAAUGAUUCCACUGUAGAUUUCUGUAAAAUCUCUCCACUCUGCCAAAAUAAUAACACAGUCAGUGAUCACUUUAGGAUAUGUGAGGUGUGCACAUUCUCACCGCAUGUACUUUUAGAUCAUAUCAUAAUACCAGUGACAACAGGCGUAUGUGUGGUCUUUAUGCGUACGCAUCGUUUAUUAUUAUACACCAGAGUCCUGGUCUUACCCUCCACAAGAGAAUUCACUUUCUGCUAUCUUUUUCCUUGUGUGCAUGUCAGUUCUUGCUUUUCAAAUCAAAACGAUGUGAUCUGUUUUUCCACAGUGACAAAUUAAGUUAGUGUUUCACUAAAUAUAUUUUCCAUAACAGGCGAAGCAAAAAAACUCAUUGGCACAUCAGAGUUGAAUGUUUGGUGUUUUUUAAUAAAAAAAGAAAAAAAAGUGA